ACAAUUCCCUGGUCUCAUUGAGGUCAACGUCACUCAGAUUAGAGUAUUUAUUUUUAUUUUCAAAAUUGUGCAUAUUACACGGUCCUUCGCGACGAAGAACCAAAUAAAGCUAGAAAUAUUUUCUCAGAUAGUUCGAACGUGCAAACAUUAUCUACGGAGUCACUUGCCUGAUCUAAAGCCCUACCGAAUCCAACUGACAGUAGCGCGGAUCUGCACAUUUUGUCAUCGACGUUGCGCCCAGGCAGAUCAGUUGUUGUCCACGGGAGUAAAGCUGGCUAUGAAUUACUAGCUACUAGGACACAUAUGUAGCUAACGUUAAGCAGCUAAUUAGCCAAUGCUCGAAGAGAAACCAGGGAGUAUUCAUGAGUCUACACCAAGAGCUCUGGAGAAACGGGUGAAAUAGCUAAAUGUCUUUACGCUGAAAAUGGGUGAUGACGUUUGUAAAUAACUAGAACAAGCUGGCCAGAGUAGCUAGCUAGCUUAGUAGUUUGCCAACACAACUGUCAAAGCCAGCUAGAUAGGGAUUUCUUUGCUACCACUAGCUAACUGAUUAUCCAUUGCUAAUGUUAUAGUAAUAACCUUAGUUAAUAGCUAACCCGUGUCAACGCAUAUGCUGAUAGUGAGUUAACUAGCUAGUUGGCUAUUUAGCUAGCUAGCUAUUAUGACAGUCGACACCUUGGUAGCUAGCUAGCUAGCGCCUGGAAAUCGAACGAGGGGGCUCUUCAAUAAGAUAGCUAACUUGUUAACUAACCUAAAUUGACUACGGUCAACCAAUUAUCCAAAUCGAAUAGUUAGCUAGGCGUUAUUGUGGAUAGGUAUUGAUUGCAAACCAAUCGGCACUUGGCUUUCACCACCGGAAAAUGAAGAAGUUCUUCGAUUCACGCCGGGAACUUGCGAGUUCUGGGCCUGGUUCUGGAGUAGGUGGAGGUGGCAUUGGGUCGAGCAGCAGCGUUGGCAGUUUUAUUGGACGGGUUUUCACCAUUGGACGGUAUCAAGUGACCGUUGAUGAAACUGUUGCUGAAGGAGGCUUUGCCAUUGUGUUCCUGGUGCGGACCAACCAGGGGGUGCGCUGUGCUCUGAAGAGGAUGUAUGUCAACAACGAGCACGACCUGCAGGUCUGCGAGCUGGAGAUCCAGAUCAUGAGGGACCUCGUGGGCCACAGGAACAUUGUGGGUUUCCUGGACUCCAGUAUAACUGCAGUGGGAGCAGGAGAUGUCUGGGAGGUCCUCAUCCUCAUGGACUUCUGUCGUGGUGGUCAGGUGGUGAACCUGAUGAACCAGCGUCUGCAGACAGGCUUCACUGAGGCAGAGGUGCUGCAGAUCUUCUGUGACACUUGCGAGGCCGUGGCCUGCCUCCACCAGUGCAAGACGCCAAUCAUCCAUCGAGAUCUCAAGGUGGAGAAUAUCCUGCUCCAUGACCGGGGACACUAUGUGUUGUGUGACUUUGGCAGUGCCACCAACCGCUUCCAGAACCCUCAGACAGAGGGCGUUCCGCUGGUGGAGGAGGAAAUCAAGAAGUACACUACUCUGUCAUACCGAGCCCCAGAGAUGAUCAACCUCUAUAAUGGCACGGUCAUCACUACAAAGGCAGACAUCUGGGCUAUGGGCUGCCUGCUUUAUAAGCUUUGCUACUUCACCCUGCCGUUUGGGGAGAGCCAGGUGGCCAUCUGUGAUGGCAGCUUCACUAUUCCAGAUAACUCCCGCUAUUCCCCGGACAUGCACUGCUUAAUCAGAUACAUGCUGGAGCCUGACCCUGAGAAGAGACCAGAUAUCUACCAAGUGUCCUACUUCUCCUUCAGGCUGGCCGGGAUAGAAUGCCCCAUCCAGAACGUACAUAACUCUCCUAUUCUUACAAAACUCCCCGAACCAAUCAGAGCCAGCGAAGCUGUGGCCAAAAAAAGUCAAUCCAAAGCCAGGCUCACAGACCCCGUCCCCACAAUGGAGACCUCCAUCGCACCCCGUUCACGCCCCAAAGCUGGAGGGACCCAGCCCAUAGGCAUCCUGCCCAUCCAGUCAGCCCUCACCCCACGCAAGAGACCCGACAUGGCUGCAGGAGGGCCCCAGCCCAUAGGUGUUUUAGCUGCCGCACAGCCUGCUGCUGCUGUCCAAUCAGUUCAGCAGGCACUUUCUGCACAGGCCACAUCCCCACUGGCUCAGACAACCUCUUCGCAACCCAUGGCCACGCCCCAGCAUCAGCAGGGUCUCUUCAUGAAGCAGCAGGCAGCCGCCUUUUUCAGCCCACAUCAGCAAGUCAACCAGCAUCAGCUGGUGCAGACCCUCUACAAACGGCAGCAGCCUCCCAUGCCGGCCCCCCAGAGCUCUGUGGCUAUGCAGCCCAAAGCUAGUCCUGUUGCUCCUCUGCAGCCACCAGCCGGCCCUGUGCCCCCCUCCCCCCAAACAGCAGCUCCCCCUCAGCCUGCAGCCACAGGACCUGUGGCACCUGAUUUCGACUCUGACUGUGACUCUGAGCCCACGCCUCUGGCAUCUGGCCGUGGGCUCCACAAGGUUGGCUCCCUGACGCCCCCCUCUUCCCCAAAGAUGGGUCCCCGGGGUGGCCACAGGCGCAUACUGAGCGAUGUCACCCACAGUGCUGUGUUUGGGGUCCCAGUCAGCAGGUCCACCCAGCUACUGCAGGCGGCUGCAGCCGAGGCCAGCCUCAACAAGUCCAAGUCAGCCAGCACCACCCCGUCUGGCUCCCCCUGCUCCUCCCAGCAGAGUGUGAACCAGCCAGGUGAGGGCGGUGCCCAGACAGCUCCCUUUGCACCGACUGGCAGCUGGAACCCGUUUGGUGACGACAACUUCUCCAAGCUCACUGCUGAGGAGCUACUCAACAAGGAUUUUACCAAGCUGGUCGAGACUACAACAGGGGAGAGGGCCAGCCUCUCCACAGAGAACGUCAUUCCAGGUCUGCAGCCUGUCUCUGCUGCUGGUGCUACAGGCAAGGCUUUCCCAGCUGAGAGAUCUGCUGACAUCCUGAGUUUGGAUGCAGGCUCAGAGAUGUUGAGUGGCCCGGACCCCUUUAACACACUCUCCCUCUCUGACACUCCAGUGAAGCUGAUUGAGGGACUGAAGUCCCCUGAGACUUGUCUGCUGCUCCCUCACCUUUUGCCAAUGGCUGACCCCUUCAGCAGCUGUGGAGAGGGCAACAGCAAUGCAGCAGCUAAGGCUGAUAUGUAUGUGGACUCUCUGAUCCUGGGUCUGGACACAGCCUCAGCCAGCCUGCCAGACCCUCUAGCUGGGGAGGACACUCUGCUGGGCUGCUCUCUGCUGUCUCACACCUCCACCCCUGGGGCUCAAACUGUCUGUGUACCUCCAUCCUCCUGCUCCUCUGCCCUCGCAGGCUCUGCCUCCUGUCUGGAUGAGCUGGCUCCUGUCUCAUUUGGCACUGCCCAAGCACCUGCUGACUCUGCUUACCUCAUGUCGGGCUUCCAGCCACCCGAGGCUGGGGAGAAGGGCACUGAGGAUGAGUUUGACCCCAUCCCUGUGCUCAUCAAAAACACCAACAACCAAGAGCUGAAAGGGGUGAGUAAUGGUUACGCUGUGCUGGACGAGGGGGGUUAUAAAAUUGAGCUGCCUGGAGAAGGUCACAGAGCAAACGAGGGCUGUAUCCACUCCAGCGAUGAUGACGAGGAAGACGAGAAAGUGAAGGAGGAGCAGGGCAGGAGGUCCAGUGAGAGUGAUGUGGUCCAUGACUGCAGUGGCUCCAGACCUUUGCUGCUGGAUUCAGAUGAAGAGGAGGAGCAGGGGUCUAAAUUACCCCUCCCAUCCUCCCAGCCAUCCCUAUCACACCCACAACUCUCCACUUCCUCCCACCAACCUACCCCAUCCCUCUGUGCCCCAUCCUUGAAUCAUUCCCACCAGAUGCCCCAGCAAGCCAGGGGGGUUGAGGUUGUCCCUGAUGUCUUCAAAUCCCCCUUCAGGAUUGAACAAGAGGAGGCAGGUGACGUGUUCGCAAAUGCCCCCUUCCAACGUCCCCCUGUUGUGGCUCAACAGCAUCCAGACGUCUUCCUGCAGGCCCCCUUCGUGAAGCCCAAGACCCAGCACCCUCACCCAGCUGUGCUUCACCUUGUGGCCCCUGAACCAGCCCUCUUGAGCCAGGUGGCCACGCAGCCUUUCCGCCCACAGGCCCUGGCCAAGUACUCCCGACACUUUGAGGGCCCCUUGCCUCACCAACCUGUGACAGCUCAGAGGGUGGUGUCCAAUGUCAGCAGGCAGGCUGCUGUGGGCUCAGUACCUGUGGGACCCUUACACUCCUGGACUUCAGAGGUGAGCUCAGUAGACCCCUUUGUCUCUGCGCCCUUUCACAUCAAGGCCCCACAAGAAAAGCCCUGAAAGAUCCCAUCCUUCCCUACAGAGAAGGGGAGCCAGCAUUGGAGCCCACACCUGUGCACACUACACUAAGGUAUACACACUGCAUGCUGUCACCAGCACCGGGGCUGGACUGCAGGGCAGCAUAGAACUCUUAAGAUCUUAUCCUUACAAACUUUGAUCAUUCUCGAUAUUGAGCAAGGUCAUCAAUGUGUAUUUUUGCUGCAGUAGAAUUGAGGUGGGUCCUCAUUUAUAAAUGCUGUGUACACACAAAAUAUGCCCCAAAACAUGCAUGCAGCAGUUUAAGCAAAAAUUGUCAUUAUAAAAACUGAACUUGACGUUAGAAUGUGAUUAUCCUGUCUCCAUGUGUAUGCAGUUUCAAGUGGUUGAAUUUUUGCAUUGCAAUUAAGGGAAAAGUAGCGUAGUAGCCUUGUGCAGGAAUACAGUGGCCUUCAGAAAGUAUUCAUACCCCUUGACUUAUUCCACAUUUAGUGAAUUAUGUGAAGCCUGAAUUCUAAAUGGAUGUUUACCCAUCUACACACAAUAACCUAUGACAGUGAAAACAUGUUUAUAGAAAUGUUACUUAUUUAUUGAAAAUGAAAUACAGAAAUCUAAUUUACAUAAGUAUUCACACCCCUGAGUCAAUACAUGUUAUAAUCACCUUUGGCAGUGAUUAUAGCUGUGAGUCUUUAUUGGUAAGUCUAAGAGCUUUACACAACUGAAAUGUACAGUAUUUGCACAUUCUUUUAAAAUGAUUCAAGCUCUGUUAUAUUAUUUGGUGAUCAUUGCUAGACAAACAUUUAAGUCUUGCCAUAGAUUUUCAAGCUGAUUUAAGUCAAAACUGUAACUAGGCCACUCAGGAACAUUCAAUUUUGUCUUGGUAAGCAACUCCAAUGUAUGCUUGGCCUUCUGAAAGGUGAAUUUGUCUGUUGGAAAGCAGACUGAAUAAGGUUUUCCUCUACGAUUUUGCCUGCGCUUACCUCUAUUUAGUUUAUUUUUAUCCCCCAAAAAACUCCCUAGUCCUUGCCAAUGACGAGCAUACCCAUAACGAUGCAGCCACCACCAUGCUUGAAAAUAUAGUGGUACUCAGAUGUGUUGUGUUGGAUUUUCCUCAAACAUAACGCUUUGUAUUCAGGAUAUAACGUUAAUUUCUUUGACACAUUUUUGUCAGUUUCUUGCCAACAGGAUGCAUGUUUUGGAAUAUGUUUAUUCUGUACAGGCUUUUCACUCUGUCAUUUAGGUUAGUCUUGUGGAGUAACUACAAUGUUGUUGAUUCAUCAGUUUUUUUCCUAUCACAGCCAUUAAACUCACUAUUGGCCUCACCACAAAUUCCUCUCCUGCAACUGAGUUAGGAAGGACACCUGUGUCUUUGUGGUGACUGGGUGUAUUGAUGCACCAUCUAAACCCUAAUUAAUAACUUCACCAUGCUCAAAGGGAUAUUCAAUGCUUUUGUAUUUUUACCCAUCUACCAAUAGGUGCCUUGCUUUGCGAGGCAUUUUAAAACCUCCCUGGUCUUUGUGGUUGAAUAUGUGUUUGAAAUGCACUGCUCAACUGAGGGACUUUAAAAUUAGCUGUAUGUUGGGUACAGAGAUGAGAUGGCCCCUAAAAAAAUCCUGUUAAACUAUUAUUGCACAGAGUGAGUCCAUGGAACUUGUGACUUAAGACAAUUUGUAUUUAGGUUGCCAUAAAAGAGAUGACUCAAGACAUUUCAGCUUAAUUUUUUUUUAUUUGUUAACAUUUCUAAAAACAUAAUUCAACUUUCACAUUAUGGGGUAUUGUGUGUAGCCCAGUGACACAAUCUCAAUUUAAUUCAUUUUAAAUUCAGGCUGUAAAAUAACCAAAUGUGGAAAAAGUCAAGGGGUGUGAAUACUGAAUUCUGAAGCCACUGUAUAUAAUAGUCGAAUUAAUAACAAAAACAGGUAGCUAAAUAUAACAAGAUACAGUCAUUUAUUAGUGAGAAGAGCAAAAAUCUAUUUAUUUUCUUUGCAUUCUAAAAUAAUUAGAAAAGUAAUUUCAUUUCCAUGAUAAUUUCAUAAUUAAUUCCUCACCUUUUCUGACUAAUGGCUUCAUACUCACAAAAUUGCCUAUAGGCCUACAGCAAGUUAGUAUAGGCUACAAUUUAUCCCAUUUCUCAAUUAAUUAAACCCACUUUACAAUAGUACAUAGAUAAGCUAUUUCAAGUAUUUUGCUCAAUGCGAUCCGACGUGAAGCGCAGUUUAACGGUAGAAGAGACGGUUCCUUUUCCAUUAACGUUUGUAGGCUACAUCUGAAUACUGUAAUGUCAAAUUUCUCGGGUAGACAAUAUUUCAUUUAUAAACAUGCAUACACCGAGUACACCAAACAUUAGGAACACCUUCCUAAUAUUGAGUUGCACCCCCCUUUUUGCCCUCAGAACAGCCUAAUUUCGUCAUGGUCUCUACAAGGUGUCGAAAGCAUUCCACAAGAAUGCUUCCCACAGUUGUCAAGUUGGCUGGAUGUCAUUUGGGUGGUGGACUAUUCUUGAUACACACGGGAAACUUGAGUGUGAAACCCAGAAGCGUUGCAGUUCUUGACACAUUGGUGCGCCUGGGCUGGCACCUACUACCAUAACUCAUUCAAAGGCACUUAACUCUUUUGUCUUGCCCAUUCACCCUCUGAAUGGCACACAUACAAACCAUGUCUCAAAUCCAUAUUUAACGUGUCUCCUCCCUUUCAGCUACACUGAUUGAAGUAAAUGUAAUAAGUGAUAUCAAUAAGGGCUCGUAGCUUUUACCUGAAAUUCACCUGGUCAGUCUGUCAUGGAAAGAGCAGGUAUUCUUAAUGUUUUGUACACUCGGUGUAUAGGCUUAUCAUAACCAUUGCAGAAUACAUUCCUUACCUUUUCUGUCCAAGUUGAGUUCAUAUUUCUGACAUAACCAUACAAUAAAUGACCAUACUCAUCUCUCUUUUAAUUGGGCCUAUUAGAUAGGCUAUUAUACGUUUUUGAUCUAUGCAUCCGAGAGGAGCGUGGUUAAUAACAUACAGUUGAUAUUUUGCAUUGAAGUGUGUAGGCUACCACUGUAAGUAGGCCUACUGUAGUUCAACAUUUUUUUCAGAGUAGACAAUGUUGAAGAAUUUGCGGGCAGUGCAGCAUGUUUUGGUUCAGGAAAGUUUAUACAAAACAUUGUUGAAUUAAAACGAUCUGUUUACAGGUCCACAACAAUUUGCAAUUGUUUUUUUCUAUCAGAAACGGUCAGAUACAGCAAAUGUCACUGCAAAAGAAAAUAUUCUGCCAACAGCACCAAAGACAUUUGGUGAAGUUUUCCAUUGCUAUUUUCUUUAGAUGCUGCCUUGGCCUAAUUCCAAUACUUCCAAAGUAUACAGCAAAUAAGGGAGUUAUCACCAUAAAAGGUGAAUUCUGGGGUUUUACAGGCGGCGUUAUAAUGCCUGUUGACGCGUAGUUUCACCACAUGUCUGAUUUUAUAACUGGAAAUAUGCAUAUGUAUGCAAGGCGCCAAGUUUAACUAUUUUUAUAUAAAAUUUACGCAAAGGUUAUAAAUGAGGCCCCUUGUACAUCCGUUGUCCCUGUGCUGGUAGCUGUCAUAUUCUUUGUCAGAAGUAAUCUGUUGGUAUGCACAGAGGAUAUGGCAGUCUAGUGGGGGAGGGGUUUCUGCCCACAUUAGUUUGCACUCAGCUUUUUUAUCAGAUUGAAAGCAUUACUUAAUUUAGAGAGCUUCUUGUCUGGGUCCAGUGUUAGAUUAGAUACAGAAAGGACACACAUAUUUGAAGUCGGAAGUUUACAUACACCUUAGCCAAAUUCAUUUAAACGCAGUUUUACACAAUUCCUGACAUUUAAUCCUAGUAAAAAUCCCCUGUCUUAGGUAAGUUAGGAUCACCACUUUAUUUAAAAAAUGUGAAAUGUCAGAAUAGUAGAGAAUUAUUUAUUUCAGCUUUUAUUUCUUUAAUGACAUUCCCAAUGGGUCCGAAGUUUACAUGCACUCAAUUAGUAUUUGUAACAUUGCCUUUUAAAUUGUUUAACUUGGGUCAAAAAAUUUGGGUAGCCUUCCACAAGCUUCCCACAAUAAGUUGGAUGAAUUUUGGCCCAUUCCUCCUGACAGAGCUGGUGUAACUGAGUCAAGUUUGUAGGCCUCCUUGCUCGCACACGCUUUUUCAGUUCGGCCCACAAAUUUUCUAUAGGAUUGAGGUCAGGGCUUUGUGAUGGCCACUCCAAUUCCUUAAGCCAUUUUGCCACAACUUUGGAAGUAUGCUUGGGGUCAUUGUCCAUUUGGAAGACCAAUUUGCGACCAAGUAACGUCCUGACUGAUGUCUUGAGAUGUUGCUUCAAUAUAUCCACAUAAUUUUCCCCCCUCAUGAUGUUAUCUAUUUUGUGAAAUGCACCAGUCCCUCCUGCUUCGAGGCACCCGAACAACACGAUGCUGCCCACCCCCGUGCUUCACAGUUGGGACGGUGUUCUUCGGCUUGCAAGCCUCCCCCUUUUUCCUCCAAACAUAACGAUGGUCAUUAUGGCCAAACAGUUCUAUUUUUGUUUCAUCAGACCAGAGGACAUUUCUCCAAAAAGUACAAUGUUUGUCCCCAUGUGCAGUUGCAAACCGUAGUCUGGCUUUUUUAUGGUGGUUUUGGAGCAGUGGCUUCUUCCUUGCUGAGCGGCCUUUCAGGUUAUGUCCAUAUAGGACUUAUUUUACUGUGGAUAUAGAUACUUUUGUACCUGUUUCCUCCAGCAUCUUCAAAAGGUCCUUUGCUGCUGUUCUGGGAUUGAUUUGCACUUUUCGCAUCAAUGUACGUUCAUCUCUAGGAGACAGACCGUGUCUCUUUCCUGAGCGGUAUGACAGCUGUGUGGUUCCAUGGUGUUUAUACUUGUGUACUAUUGUUUGUACAGAUGAACGUGGUAUCUUCAGGCGUUUGGAAAUUGCUCCCAAGGAUGAACCAGACUUGUGGAAGUCUUAAUUUUUUUUUCUGAUGUCUUGGCUGAUUUCUUUGGAUUUUCCCACGAUGUUAAGCAAAGAUGCACUGAGUUUGAAGGUAGGCCUUGAAAUACAUCCACAGGUACACCUCCAAUUAUCUCCAAUUAUGUCAAUGAGCCUAUCAGAAGCUUCUAAAGCCAUGACAUUUCUGGAGUUUUCCAAGCUGUUUAAAGGCACAGUCAACUUGGUGUAUGUAAACUUCUGACCCACUGGAAUUGUGAAAUAAUCUGUCUGUAAACAAUUGUUGCAAAAAUUCCUUAUGUCAUGCACAAAGUAGAUAUCCUUACCGAUUUGCCAAAACUAUAGUUUGUUAACAAGAAAUUUGUGGAGUGGUUGAAAAAUGAGUUUUAAUGACUCCAACCUAAGUGUAUGUAAACUUCCAACUUCAACUGUAUACUGCAUAUCCCGUUCUGGGCUCAACCGCUCAGAUUUGACCCUCUGCUCUUAUACUUAGUCCAUUCCCCAUUGCUCUGUGGGCCCAGUAAGGAUUCCCAUGACAGCCCUGGUCUCAGGGUGAUGAGAGGAAGGCCUCCUUUAGUAGUUACUGUGUUUUAUACUUCUGAUAUUUUGGAAGUCAUCUGAUGACCAUUUUAGCCCAUUUGAGUGGUGUACACUUUUUACUAGGUAGGUUAAAUGUACCUCUAGCAGUGCUGUCAUAUUUGAUCAUGUAUUAUAAUGUUAAUCAGAUGCUGGAUUAUGUUGCACAUGUCAAGCUGUAAUGUUUGAGUUUUAGCCUUUUUUUAUUUUUUAUACUUCACCGAUUGCUUUCUUAGUCACUAUUAGUUGUGUUUUACAUGGUCACGUGACUGUCAGUGCUGCAAAAGUCAGCCUUAUGAAUCUACAUGCAGGGCAAACAGUACAGAACAUACCUUAGAGGUGAAAGGUCAGAGUUUCUCCUUACGCUUGUCCUUUCUUGUGGGUGCCUCUGCUGUAUUUAAGUUUGUUGGUUUACUUUAAUUUUGGACUGAGCAGGUUGCUAAUGCUGUAGAAGUGAACCCUUAAGUGAAGUCCUCCACUCUCACAAUCAGCACUAUCGGCAAAGUCACUCCCAAUCAGCACCUCCGCUACACUCCCAAUCAGUAUCUAAUACUACCUUCACUGGAACUCUAUACAUUCACAAUCAUGUUCUCAAUCCGCACUUCUACAUUAUACCUGCACUUGAGUCAUCGAUUCAAGAUUUGUAAAUGUGAUGUAGUUGUUAAGCCUUGUUCACACUGCCGAAAAAUAGGAUUUAUUUUAUUUUAUUAUUUUUACAUUUUAUCCCCUUUUCUCCCCAAUUUUCGUGGUAUCCAAUCGCUAGUAAUUACUAUCUUGUCUCAUCGCUACAACUCCCGUACUGGCUCGGGAGAGACGAAGGUCGAAAGCCAUGCGUCCUCCGAGGCACAACCCAACCAAGCCGCACUGCUUCUUUAACACAGCGCGCCUCCAACCCGGAAGCCAGCCGCACCAAUGUGUCGGAGGAAACACCGUGCACCUGGUCCCCUUGGUUAGCGCGCACUGCGCCCAGCCCGCCACAGGAGUCGCUGGAGCGCGAUGAGACAAGGAAAUCCCUACCGGCCAAACCCUCCCUAACCCGGACGACGCUAGCCCAAUUGUGCGUCGCCCCACGGACCUCCCGGUCGCGGCUGCGACAGAGCCUGGGGGCGAACCCAGAGACUCUGGUGGCGCAGUUAGCACUGCGAUGCAGUGCCCUAGACCACUGCGCCACCCGGGAGGCCCCGAAAAAUAGGAUUUGAGUCAUUUCAAACUACCAGUGUGAACAAGGCUUUAGUUUAGACCGAUGGCACCUCACACUAUUUCUACCUUUUUUAGAAUCAGCACCCCCUAGCAGAACAUACCAGAAUAACUACAACCCUUGUCAAGCACCUCAAGCGAAACACACAGUUGAACCAUGACUUUCACGUCAGACACCUACCUACACAUGCUCAAAAUACACUUCCAAGUAAAUGGUCAACACAUGGUUUCAUCAUAAACCCGUAAGGGUUACUUUAUUGCUCUUCUACACCAGAUUUUGCAUUCCUUCUGUUUUUGUUUUCUCCAUAGCCGUAUGAAAUGCUGAUAUGGUCUUCUGCUGACUAUUCAAUAAUCUUGAAGCACUUUUUAAUGUUUGCUAUCCACGACUCUGCAUAUUACCUGGUCAUGGUGGGGACCAAUAGAGGUUUUAAACUACUUGAUCCAAAGUAAGAACCGCUGUCUUAAAAUUAGUCAUUCAUUAUUUUUGUAUUACUUUGUACAACACUUGUAUGUGUUUGUUAAUCUGCAGUGAAAAUGAAGAAUGCACACUGCAUCAGCAGUAAUAAUUUACUCUACAAUAGUUUAUUUUAGCAACUAUAGUAUUUACACAGUAUCUUUGGUAGGAAUUAGCUUGCAAAAAAACAAAUAGUGCGCCAGAAGUUAGAUAAUGUGAUUGUAAUUUACUCUGCCAAUUGUCCAUAGGGUUGGUCAUUGUGCAACAACAAAAAACAAAAAUCUAAUAGAACAUACAUUUAAAGACUUUCCAAACGUGGGUAUGUUGUAGUAGACCCGCUUACCUCAUGUCAAAAAUAAAAUUCCUUCAAGUGCGCCACACUUGCACACACAAAAAGCAUGAACUUGUGGGCAACCUUUAUUUUGACAUGAGGUAAGCAGAGAGGAACUGACCUCCAAGGAACUGCACGGGUCUACAAAGACCCACGUUUGGAAAUGCUUUUUAAUUAUACGUUAAAUUCGUGUAAUUUAAUUGCCCCUGCAUAAAGACUACGCCUACAGACAAUCGACAGAGUAAAUUGAACUUUAUUUAACUUCUGUCUUCCGGCUGACUAACAUUUGUUUGCCAGCUAAUUGCUAUUGUGUGAAGUUUAGUUGUUAAAAUCGUUCUUUUGUAGGUAAAUUCCUGAACGUAAUAUCAAGUCUUUGAUUUAUGACUGACUGACUUGUAUAGGAAUGAACAGUCGCUGAUUUAUACAGAAAGCCUCACCUGCUGAAACCUAAAAGCACCCAUAUCAAAAUACUUGUCAUGCAAAGCUUGCAUUUGAUGAACACUCAUUUGUAAAAUAAAUAAAUUAAUGCAAAACAA